GUUCUUUAUCUUUUUAUCAUCGCCAUCGCUAUCAGUUCAUCAAACGCGCAUGUGAAUUUUGUAAAUUUUGUUAUUUUUUGCCUAAAGUAAUUAUUACCGCAAAAAAUGGAGGCUUUAGCAGGCGCGCAACUCACCGGUGCACAACGAGACGAAUUAAUGGAUCAAGUAAAACAACAAAUAGCACUAGCCAAUGCGCAAGAACUUCUCGGGAAAAUGACCGAAAAGUGUUUUAAAAAGUGCGUUCAGAAACCAGGGACAUCUUUAGAUAGCUCAGAGCAAAAAUGUGUUGCCAUGUGUAUGGAUAGAUAUAUGGACUCGUGGAAUCUAGUAUCGAAAUCAUACAGUACGAGACUUCAAAAAGAAAGACAGCGGUUAUAGUUCAGUCAUUAAAUAUUAUUUUGAAUGGAUUCAUAGUGAUUUACUAGCUGCUGUAAAUUUUUUCUCCAUAUCUUCUUUUGUAGUGUUAAUUGUUUUCAUCAAGAUUCUCGCUGGUGCUUUGAAAGCUUUUUUGUCAGCCAUCUUAUGAAAGACCAGUAAUUUAGAGGCAGGCAACGUCACUAUCUCCUGUUGCAAUCUCUUGCCUCUUUUCUUUUAAAUAUUAAACCUCUACAACACUUAUCUCAGUACUUGGUACCAUCAUUAUUUUUUUUUAAACUGUAAACUGAUAUGCAGUAUUUUGUGAAAAUUUCUUCAAUUCUCGGAGUCUUUCAGUAAAAAUGAUCUAUCUACAAUUGAGUUGAACUGUGCUAGAUAAUGAUAAAAUUUGGUAGAGUCUCAAGAGGUUUUUGGAAGUGCUCCUUGGCUCAACUUAAUACUGGUUCUGUUCUAUCGGUAUUUUGUAGAUAACUCUAUUUUUAAAGACUCAAUUGUAGAUAAAUCUCGAUUGCUGAGUAGUGUGCAUUUUGUCUGUAUGUGAGAAAUAUUUUGAGGAAAUUUCAAGGAGUAAAUUUGGUCUGCCCUUCCGCAGAAAUGUAAAUCAGAAGUCUUAAUUGUUAAAGUGUGUUUCUGCAUUUAGCAAUGGAUAAAUAGCAUUAUCCAUUUAAUUCUUUUCUUUCUUUCUUUUCCAGGGAAGAAACUACAUAUACUAUGCUUUAGAUCGUAUUCUUACAAAAUAAGAUAACUUCUCUUUUGUAAAAAUUCUUGCUUCAUUUCCAGGAUGAGAGUAUUUUUUGUUUCCAUCUGGAAAUUUUUUUAAGAAUUGGAAUGUUUUAAUUGACCACUAAUGUUUAGGUUUCUUGAGGUAUAAUUAUUUAACAUAGCUCCUUUCCCUGCAUUUCCACAAAAUUAAUGCCCUCUGUCCUCUUUAAAAUCUGAUUUGUUCAAAAUUACCCAAUCUCAAGAUUUUUUCGUCAGAAGUUAAAAUCUCAAAAACUGCAGGUAUAUUGUUUUAACAGUUAAAGCUACAAAUGUUUCUUUUCCCCCGGUCUUUGUUUGAACAAGUUUGAUCAAAAUUAAAAUUUUCAUUUCUUCUGCACAGUCA